AUGUUGAAUGAUAUCGUCACCGACUUGAACCCUAAAUCUUUAGAAUUAACUAUACGUCACACCGAAAAACAUACACUUGAAAAGCGCUGGAAUUACUUCGAUGUUCAAUGGAUGUCAUGGAACUACGACAAUGUUAAUCAUGCACGGUCUUGA